AUGGCGAACAAGUUUGGAUUAGGUUCUUUAUCUUUAGAAACUAAAAAACCUAACACUAAAGCGUGGAUAAAUAAAGCGAAACCUUACUUUGUGGAUCAAAUCGGUGACACUCUUCAAGAAGAUAAAAUAAGUAAUGUGAAAAGAUUCUUGAAACGUCAAUUAAAUAAUAAAAAUUUUUUUAAUGAUACUAAACUACAACAAGAGGUACAAAGAUUAAUAAGUUUUAUUCAAAAAGAAUUGGUCAACGUAGCGAAUAAAACUGAGAUACAAAAUUUAAUUUCAUUAAUAUCUAAAUUAGAGGAUAAGAUUGCAAAACAAAAAUUAGACAUUCAACAAUUGAUAGAUAACAUUCCAGAUGAAAAUGAAGAUACGUUUCAACAGGAAUUAAAUGUUCUGGAAACUAAACUUAACAGUGAAUUACAAAAAGAACUAACAAAUAUUAAAAAACAAAUACAAAACAUAGAUGAUAGCGAAAUCAAAACCUAUAUUCAACAACAAAUACAAAACAUAGAUGACAGCGAUAUCAAAACCUAUAUUCAUCAACAAAUACAGAACAUUGAUGAUAGUGUUAUUCAACAACAGAUAACCACUAUUAAUAACCUAGUUUUGAAACAGGGUAAAAAUAUAGUCGCAUUAGAAAAAAAGUUUCUCAAGAAAGAAUCAUAUUAUUUCAAUCUUCCAUUUGGAGGUUUUGAUGAUCAUUCUAUUACUGAUAAUAUUGAUAAAUCAAAAGACUAUGAAUAUAAAAAAAUAUGGAUUAACAGCAAAUAUAAGAGUAUAUUCUGUUCCAAAUGA